GUUUGUAAACAAAACAUAUUUUCACACGUGUGUGUCAGCUGUGAAAUUGGAUUUUCCCUUCACACUCUCGCGAGGUGGCGCACUAUAGAAGUAUUACACACAUGGAUGUGCGCGACGAUUUGACCAUGCUUGGAUAAACUCGAAAAAAGGUUAUGUUAUGAAUGGAUUUACUACUCAGGUAAACGUGUUUUAGUAUUAGCAGUGUCUCUGCAAUGGAUUAAAUAUUAACUUUCUGGAUUUUUAUCCUGUGUUGUGAAUGAAAGAUUUUGUGAUAACAUGGACCAACAGGACUCGGAGGUUGAGGUAUGGCCAGACAUUGCUCCUUCAGAACUGAUCCAGCAUGCUAUCCUGUUCUACAGCCAAGGUCCACUGAAUGGGCACCUCACAGGGGAGAGAGCCAGAGACAUCUUUCUUCACUCCAGACUACCUUUGACAGUACUAAGCAAAAUAUGGAAUCUAGCAGAUGUCAACAACGACAACCUUUUAAAUGUUGGCGAGUUUAUGGUAGCCGUGCAUCUCAUCAAUGGAGUUCUAAGAGGAAGACUGGUUCCAAAAGUUUUACCAGAGAACGUCGCUGUCACAGAACAAGCGGAGGUGCCAAUCGAGGUCCCCUCUGUCUCUGAAAGGGAGGCGUACAACAAGGUGUUCCAGAGAUAUGACCAAUUAGGAAAGGGUUUUAUUACUGGUGAAGAUGCGGUUGAAAUUUUCAAGGAAUCUAAGUUGGAAUCAGAGAAGCUGGCCUCAGUUUGGGAUUGGAGUGACCUAAACAGAGAUGGACAGUUGAGCAGUGAUGAAUGGUUGGUGGCCUGCCACCUCCUUAGACAUCUGAAAAAUGGAAAUUCUUUGGAAGGUGUUGUGAAUCCAUUUAAUGUGGUUCCCCAUAAAGUUUCACCAAAUUCACUUCUGGCUCGAAAAACUAGAAUCGAAGAAUAUGAAAAGCACAAGCAGAGGCUUAUGCAGUUGAAGGAAAAGCGAAAAGUGCAAAUCCAGAGAGAAAGUCAAAGACUAGAGCUGGUGAAAGAAAAGAAACAACUUCAAGAACAACUGGUUACUUGUCUGAAAAGUAGCAGCAAUAACCCACUGAGUGAAGAAGAAAUCAACCAACUGGUUCAAACUGACAAGGAUAAUUUGGAGAAACUAGAAGAAGUAGUUGCAAGAUUGAAGAAGGAACAUGAGCAGAUCAGACAGGAAACAGUUCAGGUGAUUCUUGGGGAGCAGAAGUUACAGGUGGAACAUCGUCUGCUAAAAAACGAACUGGAUGAACUUAAUAAGAGGCUAGGAAGCCAACACACAAAGGCCACCAAAGAUCCAGAUCCAUUCCAUCAACUGUAUGAACAAAGAAAAGAGGAGAGAAAGAAAAGUAAUUUAUCUGAGGGGGAGGAACCUGAGGUCCAUCUGCCAUUCAAUCCAUUCGAUACUGAGUCCCUCCAUCACAGUUCUGUCUCAGGGUCACACUUAUUUUUGAGCCAAAACUCACUGAACAACAACAACACAAAGCAUCCACCAGAGACACAGGCUUUUCUGGAGAGUCUUCACGAGUUCGGGGAAAAUUUUCUUGAAUUCUGGUCAGACACUUCUACCUCCAUGUCAGCUACAGAUGAAAUGGCCAACCAGGAGGAGGAUCCAGUGUUUAAAACUGUAGAAGUGUCCGAUGACAAUGACCCUUGGUUGGGUCUGAACUGGGGCCAGAAUAAACUGGCUGCCCUCAGUGACCAGAAAUUCUGUGACCUGCACCGGAAACUGGUAGACCUCAAGGCCGAAUUCCAAAAACUGAACCAGGAGUCGGGUGGACAACUUGUAUUUAGGAACCCAUCUGACUAUUUAGCCAGGAAAAAGGAAAAAGAGGAAGAGGAACAAAGAGAGAAACAAAAGUUCCCACGACGAUCCAAGAGCUCUGCAGACAAAGAUUACACAGCCAAACGCAGAAGUUACAUUCCAGACAGGAAGAAUGAAGAUAGUGAUGCAGCUCGGGAGAAGCGAUUAAACCGUCGGUCCCUAAACCUUGAAAACAGAACAGAGAAAUCCAGGGCCCCUGACAGGCCACUGUCCUCGCAUUUAAGGAGUGAUAAACCAGAACCAAAAUCUAGAACUCAGCCAGAAACCGAGACCUCAACAUCCACAAGUCCCACUCGUCUAGCUUCUACAAAGAAAACUCGAGCUCCCCCUCCACCCUGUUCUCAAAGUAAAGAAUCUAGAAUCCCAGUACCAUCUGGAGCAGGAAAUCCGGAGAGACCUCCAAGAAGAAAGAAAUCCAGCAGUGGUGAGGAACCUACAUCACCAAAGACUACAGAGAGCAACAACCCUGGUUCUCCUAGAUCUUCUUUUCUCUUCAGCGAAGAUCAGCAGGGAAAACCCAUUGAACCUGCACCUGUAGAAGAAGUCUUUGUGUCUGCUGUAGAAUCUAAUGUCUCUUGUUCUCCAGAAAGUGUAUCUUCAGGUGUAAUUCCAGAGGAGUCAGGAACUGAAUCUGAACCACUUAACUCUGAAACAACAAGUGAAGAAUGCAUUACUGUGAUAGGAAAUAAAGCAAAUGGAGAAACAGUGAAUUCUGAACAUCAUCCAGAUGAGAAGGAGAGUAUUAUUGUGAAUCAUUUAGAUAUAAAACUGAUUGAAAUUGUUCCAGAAGUUUCUGAAGAAAAGGAAACCACAAGCAAAGUUGUAUCCUUUUCUAAGGAACAUACUGAAAUUCCAAAUCCAGACACAGUAUCUUUGUGUAGUAUAGACUCAAUCCCUCCAGAUCUGCCAAAUUCUGCACCACCUCCACUCCUACCAAAACACCCAGACACUGCUUCCAUUGGAGAAGAAGCAAUUGUAAUUGAACAGGAAGUCAAAGUCAUAGAAGAGGAAAUUGUAAAAACUGAAGAGGUUACAGUAGAGAGUUCUGGACUGCCUAAUUUUAGUGACAUUAGUGUUAAAGACAAUCUUGCUGAGGAAUACAAUUCUGAGAAAAUGUCUGUUGAAGUAGAUUCAAUAGUACCUAGUGAAGAUUCUUUGGAGAUCAGCGCUUCAUUGAAAGAAGAGAAAGAGUUUAAGGAGGUGGACUCAGAUGCUGAUUCCGAUUUAUCAGACAUUCUCAAUCAGAAUGGCUCAUUCACUCCAGGAGAUGACAAAACUGACCAUCAUAUCCCUCUGAAUCUGAUGGACGAUGAGAUAGAAGACUGUGGUGAGAUACAGCUUCUCUCUCACAGCACCAGUGUCCAGUCGCCCACAUCUCAGGCAGACUCGGCCUUCGAGGACAUGGUCAACUCCAACCAGGUGAGCCUCAGCAGCACCCUGGAGGAUGUCAAGGAUGAGGUCAUCUCAGACACGGUGGAGCAGGUCAAGGUCACUCUGGCUGAAAGUGAGCCAACUUCCGAGUCCUUGCCAUCAGAAGAUGCCAUGGUAACUAAGACUGAAGCCAAGCCUGAGUUUGUUCCCACUGCCUCUGAGGUGUCUUACCAGACUCAUUCAUCCUACGUAACGGAGGUACCACACACAGAGACCAAGAUUUUUGUUAAAAAGGCACAGCAGUUUUCUGAGACUGUUAAUCAGCCUCCCAAGAUGACAAUCCGAUCCACUUCCAAGGAGAUGUCUGAUGAGCACCUGCAGAAGGUAGAUGGAGAGAGGAAGGCUGUGAUUAGUCAGUCCAUGGUGAAGAGGAGGGGCAUCACAGAGUUUGCAGUGGUUUCAGCAAAUGAUGAGAGUAAGCAAGCAGAUGUCAAAAGCAGUGUUGUAUUAGAGGUGAAUGACAACAAAGAUCUUCAUUCACCAGUGAAGUCCAAAGGAGCACCUAUAAACUUUGAUGAAGUACCUCCCAAAGUAGACCUUUAUAGUCAGAAUGUUGUACAAGAAGAUGGAAAUACGGACACUGUAAACAGGGAGUCCAUAGCAGACUUAAACUCCACUAGGAAACAGUGGGAGACCAUCUUACAGAGUUCUGGCAAAUCUGACCCAAGUCCUGCAAAGGUAACUCCCAAGAAAUCAGGCACACCAGUCAAACAUUGGGAAGUAAAACUUCCUUAUAAGCCCAAUUCAUCUUCCAAAGCUAUUCCUCAACCAGAAGUCGAAGACGCACAGCCAAAAAAAUCAUUCAAAAUGGAGGACGACCCUUACGCAAAUGAAAGUGCAAUCGAACGUGAAAUUCGUCUUGCAAACGAAAGAGAGGAGAUGUUGCGAAAAGAACAAGAAGAACGCAUGGAACUUUCCAAACGACAGAAUGCUUCUAAAAAUCAGGUCAAUACGAAAAUGUUUGAAAAUGAAAACAACAACACCGAGUUUAAAACAAUGUACCAUGAGAUGACGGAGGCUGAUCGGGGAUCAGAGCUUCAGAAACGAGAGACAUUGAUUCAACAGGAAAUUGAGGAGCAGAAAGAAAGAGAGGAGGCCUUGACAACAAAGCCCCCACCGGCUGUCACCCCUCAGGAUGAAGAGAAUCGAGAUAGCAGUAGAGAGAGCCUCAUUGCCAAGGAAAUUCGUCUCCAGAAAGAGCGAGAGGAAGAAAUCGCCAAAAGACACUCACUGAAGAAAGAGCCAGAAGUAAAAGAUAUAGAACCGGAAAAGGUGGAACCAGUUUCAAGAGAACCGGAAAAGAUGGAGGCACCAGUGACCAACAAUAAGCAAGUCACAUAUGAAGAGGCAAUUCAAGAACCUUUUCAUCAUGAAGGAGAAAGCCUUAUCGCAAAAGAGUUACGAGAGGCAAAGGAGAGGGAAGAGGAAAUUCGUAGGAUGAGAGAGCGAAUGCAGGGAGGUAACAAGCCUAACCCUGCUCCUGAAACAACAAUCAAACAACCACCCAAAACACCUACACAAGAAACAGUGAAAAAGACAUGGCAACAAUCUCCAAGUGUUCAGUCCCCCAAAAUUUCUAGUCACACCCCUUCACGCUCCGUGCGUGUUCAGCCCAUUGCAGACUCGGCAGAAGAGGAUGAGACAGACUCCAAGCCGGUGGAAAGGAAGGAAACUCCUAUUGAACGUGAAAUCAGAAUAGCAAGAGAAAGAGAAAAUGAACUGAGGCGUCAGAAAGGACUGCCAUUACUUUCUGAGGUCGUUAAACCAGCAGGGGAUGAUGUCUCGGAAAAAUCCUCAGUGAAUGAAGAACCUGUGUCAUAUAAUUACAGAAACAAAGUCAACACAGCGGAGGGAACCAAAUCCAUGAGAAACUUUGCAACAUCAAGGCUACAAAAUGAAAUUUUAAAACAGAAAGAGAGGGAACACAAGCUUCGAGAUGAGGGAAAGAUUAUUUCAACUUCUGAGGAACACAUAGGGACAUUAAAAUAUGCAGAAGUUGCUGGGAUUCCUAAAAACGAAGGACCAGUGAAAAGAAAUUUUGUAACCAGGAAAAGUACAUCAACCCUUCCUCCCCCUGGUGAUAGUCCAAGUUCAUCAAACACCCCAUCCGAAAAUGGUGAUGUGGAACCCCCAAAGAUGUCUCCACAGAUCAGCAAGGAAGAGCCAGUCAAAUACAAGAGGCCAACUGUUAAAACUGGUGGGGCCUCUUUUUCAUACAGGGAGUCUAGAAAUCAAGCCGAGUCCAAAAUUGAGAAAGAACUGAGGGAGAUGAGGGAGAGAGAGGAGGAACUGAAGAAAUCGAGAGGCGGUACACUGAGCCCACCUACAAGUCCGAGGGACAAUAAUCUCAGCAGCCGGAAAGCACAGUUUGAACAGGUGUGAUCAGUAUACCCAGAGUUCAACAAGGUCAACAUUACCAAUAGUUGUGGGUGUAUGAGUCACAUGAUUUCUAAAAUUAUCAAAGCUUCGUGAAAAUAUUAUUCAAGAAGGAACCAUAUUGGUAGCUAUGCUUCAAUACAAAUACUAGAAUCUUACCAGUUUUGAAAGCUGUUAUGUAUUGAUGAUAAGGAGAAGAGCUGUAUGGACUCUGUGAUAUAUACUUUAUAUUUUUUAAUAUCAAACUGAACAAAGAGAGAUGAGGUUACUGUGGUCAGACCAGUACAAUAUUUUACUGCCACAAAUAUCAAAUGAUGGAAAUGGCUUUUUUACCGCAUUAGGAUGAAAUAUUUGUACAUAUAUUUUAAAUAUUUUAAAUUUUUUGAUUUCCAUGUAUUAUGUAAUAUAACAGUAUUACCACACACAUUUGAUUAUGCUUAAUUUUUGCAAAACAUAUAUUAUGUAAUGUGGGUUAUGAUUUAAAUACAUAUUAACUGUUAUGGAAUGCAUGCAAAAAGUUGACAAAGAUUUCUUGUUUGCUUUGCAAGUGUGAAUACUAUGUAUCCAGAAUAAUGCUUGAGAAAAAAAAAUCAUUUCAUUUAUACAUUUAUUUCCAGGCAAAUAUAGUACAAUCUCAUUCAUAGCUUGGACAUUUGUUAGGUAGUGACUUGCUUAAAACUUGAGUCACAGUUUUGUGAUACAGACAUGCUGGACAAAUUUGCAUCUGGGUAUUUUUAGCACCAGAAAAGUUGGCCCAUUUCAAUGAGUUUUUCUUCAAACAGGAAGUGAUGCAUUGGUCAUCUUUUUCAUCUGCCAGUAACACAACAAUGUCCAACCUAUCAGUGAAAAUCUCCUGUUCAUGUCAAAAGAUUAAUAUUAUUGUUAUAGCUUUUCAAAUUUCAUAUUUAUUCAGAGAUAAAUCUUGAUUUAAAUUUUGUACAGGUUCAUGAAUUCUACAUGAAUCAGACCCCAAUAUGAUGCUAAUUUUAUUUAUGUACCACACACACACUAUAUAUAAAAGUGUAAUAGUGCAAAUAAUCAACCUUUUUAUUGCCAUGUUAUGAUAUUAAAUAAUUAUAUUGUUAAUAAAAUUGUACAAUAUAUAUGUUAUUUUUGAAUAAAAUAUAUCUGCCAUUAUAAUAA